CUAGGCUCUGGAAAAGCCUCUCAUCUUCUCUCCCGUCCAUUCCCCCCAAAGCGUUUGUCCUCAUAUUUCUGGUGUAUAGGCCAUAAGUCAACAUAGGGAGAGAAAGGCACAUGGACUGAAGUGCCUAUCUGGGUGCCUACAUUCUUUUUUUUAGCAGGGAAAGGUCACAGACAAAACCACCAUCAUGACUCAUUCAAUGCUGAGGCGACAACUGAAGAACCUUGUUCAGAACUUUUCUGAGGCAGAAGUCAAAGUUCGAGAAGCGACCUCUAAUGACCCCUGGGGGCCAUCAAGCUCCCAGAUGGCUGACAUCUCAGAUCUCACCUACAAUGUGGUGGCAUGUAACGAGAUUUUGGCCAUGCUCUGGAAGCGCCUCAAUGAUGACAAAAAUUGGAGGCAUGUGUACAAGGCUUUAACUCUUCUUGAAUAUCUGUUGAAAACGGGCUCUGACCGCAUCCCUCAGCAGAGUAUGGAGAACAUGCACAUUAUUAAAGCCCUAACAGAAUACUGCUUCACUGACAAGGAUGGAAAGGACCAGGGGGUUAACGUGAGAGAAAAGGCAAAGAGUGUGCUCAUGCUCAUUGAAGAUGAGGACAAGCGGAAAGAAGAGAGAGAAUUUGCUAUGAAGACGAAAGACAAGCUGACAAAGGCUCCCAAUGUCUCAGUGUCCUCAGCUACAGGCCCAGAAAAGGAAAAGCCAGAGAUUCCCCCAUAUACAGGGCUGCCCUCCCUGGACAACAUCCCUUCAGUGGCUGACCUUACUGCCGCUAUGGCUAGGAAGAAGGAAGAGCAGAAACGUCUUGAGGCAGAGAGGAAGGAGGCAGAGAGACGGGCAAAGGAGGGUGACACAGAGCCAGAUCUUUGGGAACAAGCAGCAACAGCAGCACCUACAUCAAACUCCGAUCCCUGGGGAGCCCCAUCUGAUGCAUCCAUUGAAUCCGCCCCUUCUUCUAAUGACCCAUGGGGUGGAUCUGCUGAUGGUAAAAGUGAUUCUCCACCCGCCAGUGAUCCAUGGGGCAACUCUUCAGGAAUUUCAGAAGAAAAACCCCCGGCAUCGAAUGAUCCAUGGGGGGCUCCAGCCAAAGCGCCAAAAGACUCUGAGCCUGCAAAGUCGGAUCCCUGGGGGGCAUCGACAGAUACUGUGCAGGAUUCAGCAUCUGCAACCUCUGACCCCUGGGGGGCGCCAUUGGAAGCACCAUCAGCCAAGUCUGAUCCAUCCGCUGAUCCAUUUGGUGAUAAUUCAAAAGCAGACAAUGACCCUUGGGGCACAGCAGCUUCUUCACCGCCCACUGCCAAUGACCCCUGGGGUGCCUCAUCUGCUCCAACUGAUACAAUGACAACCGAUUACCCUUUUGGAGAUGGAGGAAAAUCAGAUCCAUGGGGAGGGACUUCUGAGAACAGCAACAGAACAGGUGACAAUGCCACUAAACCUGCUGAUGAGACCAAAAAGCCAGCGUCCUUCCUUGGUGAAGGUGCUUCAUUGGUGGAUUUUGACUGUCUUAUGUCAGUCAAGCCCAAACCUAAACUGCCUCCUCUCAAUGCCAUCUCCUCCUCUACCCAAAAAACCCAGGGUAAGGAAGGCUGAGAGAAAGAGAGAGAGAGAGAGAGAGAGAAACCUUGACAAUAAAAGCAACUGAGAAAGAGAGAACCACUGUAUAAAAUCUGUUUAUUUCUGAGUGUUUGUGAUCCAGUGUUUUUCAAGCCUAGAGUUCAUAUAGUCAUGUGGAACAUAACCUUUAUGUAGUUGAUGUAGAUUUCAUCUCCGUUGGUUUAUAAAAACACAACCUUCUUUGUCCCCACCUCUGUAUGCUAUCUACUUCCUUUGUUCCCUGUCCCCCAUUACCCAUCAUCCUUUUUGUUUGCACGAUUUCAACUUUCAUCCUUCCCAGGUUUUUUGCCGGCUACAGGCAUGACCAGGCCAUUGAGCAGCAACAUGUCCAAUGUGGCUAGUUCUGCUACACUUCCAUCAAAUCCAAAUAAUUUUUGGUUUUAACUCCAUUAUUCCUGGUUUCAGUGCCCCUCUAAAUACAAGCCUUUGGGUGCCUGUCGCCUACAUUGCAUCUCCAAACCAGAAUAAAAGCCUUUCAACAUUGACAAUGCCCAAUAUAGGUUUUCCCUUGGUAAAUCCGCACAAUGCACCAAGAAUGGUAUGACCUGGCACUGCUGAGACUUUUAUUGGUGAGGUAUAGGGUUGCCACGGUGUACAGUGUUACUGGUUUUACUCUGUACAAGGGACAACACAAGUGAAAAUUUAUACCGGUGGAAACAUUAUGAAUGGAACUUCCAAUAUAAAUACAAUAGCCUAAUGAAUAAAAUAACCUUAAAUAAAGAAUAGCUGCCUAAUGAAGAGUUUCAACCCAUGAUAAAUGAACCUAAAUAACGCAUUGAAAGCCAGAUGUUCUUUACCAAUGUAUCAAAUUACACAGGCAGCAAAGUGCACUGACAGAAGACGUUUAAUUGCAGGUAGCAAAUAUAAUGUGCAUGGUGGGUAACUGUAAGACGUCUCGGAUUCGGAAUGACACAACAAAUGCUGUUUGACACACAGACACGCGCUUGAAGAAACGCACUUUAUUAUAUUUUUAAGAACAGAUGACAGAAAAGCCGUCUAUGCGCAUGUAUGACACGCUGUGUGUUCGAAGGCGUGCAGUCUCGUGGAACACGCGUAUGUAAAAGGUUCUCACCCUUUCUUUGUUUCAGUCUUCUGAAUUUUUUUUGCAAGAAUAGUAUCGUCUAAAAGAAUGCUGUAAAUGACCUCAGACAUCUUUGCUCAGGAGGUGUUUUGAGUUCAGUUUGCUUUAUUUCCACAGAGCAGUUUGUUGUGAGCGCAACUCUGCAGGGUCACUUGUGUGUAUAUAUAUAUAUAUAUAUAUCCUAUACAUCUGUGAUUAAAUAAUAAAAUAAUACAAAAACACAUUCACCUCGAACCUGUAUUAGUAAUUUUCCACCGUUGUCAUAGACGGAUACUUGCCUGACGGUAAAUGGAAAGGUGAUUAUAUACGUUUUUUUUGUUUUUUUGUUUUUUUUUUGGUUUGUUUUACCACUUACCGUUUAGUUUGAAGUGCAAUUUGAAUUUAGAAAUGUCUUUGGUUUAAGUUUUUCACUAUUCACCUCGGCAUUCACGCACAACUCACCACGCGCCCCACUGAGAGUGAGAACCACAUUAUAGUGACCAGAGGAGGUUAAACCAAUGUGACUCUAACCACCCUAGCAACUGGGCCAAUUGGUUGCUUAGUAUAAUAUAUAUAUAUAUAUAAUAUUAUUAUUAUUAUUAUUAUUAUUAUUAUUAUUAAUUUUUAUUUUUUUUAUACAAAUAUUGUGAAAAUAUUUCUUGCAUAUCGCCCAGCCCUAGGAGGAAACAAAACAAAUGUAUUCACACAUUCAAAGUCAUUACCCUUCUGAAGCAACUAAACUGGGUCCUGAGAUGAAAGGUAAUAAAAUACCAACAUUAAACCCGCAAAAACCCACAAUAAGUGAUGUAUUUGCUCGGACAACGAAAUACCCGACCAGUAGCCCAUGAUGGAGAGAAUGCACAGAUGAAGUUGGUUCGUUGCCAAAGAGAUGUUGCCCUUCACAAAUGUUGAAAAGCCAUCUUUUAAAAAGUUGAACAACACACAUUUUAAUUGCACUUCAGUUUUUUUCAGUUUCAUUUGAAAUUUUUGUUAAAAUAAAAAAUAAAGUUCAAAGUUGGAAAUCAAGCUGCCUUGCAUUAUUGUGUAGGCUAUUGCUUAACGAAAAUUACCCAAUAGUACCACCUAGCGUCCAACCAGCGGUAAUAACGGUUUGAACAUAAACGCCACACCCGUGCGAAAAUUAUGAUACCGUGGCAGGUCUAGUGAGCUAUCGCCUAUGUCUUUCACAGGAGUGGUUACCCCACGAGCUGGAGUUCCACAGCAAUCUGCACAUGGUUUGGGGUCCUGGAACUUGGACAGCUGAGUUCUCCAAACAUCAUCCAUUCAUCCCAACCCUUUCCUUGUCCCCACCCCUUUUAUUGAACCUAAUUUAUUGUGUGUAUAAGUGUGUGCAAAUAUUUAAAUUUAAAUGCACAUUGAUGAACCGUAGGUCUUUUCAUUCUGGGGAGAAAAGCAUGCGGGCCUUUCUAACAAGAUGGACUGCGAGAAUUGUGCAGGUGUUUUGUUUAUUAGCUCUUUAUCUAAUAUGUUAUUAUAGAAUCCAUCAAGGUCCCAUAUGUUGAAGAUUCAGGAAAACUUGCCAUAAACCUGAUACAAUUUGCCUGCCAGCAAGCAGAUUUGAAAAGCCUUGAAAAGUGUUGCUCAGGUAACUGAUAACAGCUGGAUAAACCUUAAUAUUGCUUCAAAGAUUGAAAACCCCCAUUUUUAUCCUGAAAGGUAUCCGGAUAACCAAGUAAACCACAUCUAAAGAGUGGGCCCAGUUUUGUGUAACCAGCGUUGAAUAUUGUUAUAAAUUCACAAAAGUAGUAUUGUUUACAACAUUCAGAGUGAUGCACAUCAGUAUAUAAUGUCAAAAUGGGGCUCCUAUUAUGAUGAGAGAAUUUUCAAUCAUAAAAGUUUUAAUGCUUAUGUUGCUGUGAUAUAAUGGAAGAGGUGUAGAUGAUUGUCUAUCAAAACUCAGAGGAUCUUAUUUCUUGAUCACAUCACAUUUUAUUUUAUUUAUUUACAUUUUUGAGUAUAGUUAGGUUUUCUGUGGUCAAAUUCCAUUUAAAUCCAAAUGACACUGCAGUCACUCUUAAGUGACGAUCAUGCACAAUGUUUUUGUUUGUUUGGAAAGGUGUUUAUCUUUUAGUUCACUGUAUGAUUAUACAGUAAUAUUUUAUUUUUGGGCACCAUUUUACAUGGUUAAAUCAUAUUUCACUGCUUUAACAACCUGCACAUGAAACAUCUUCUCAUUGUACACAUUGAGACUUAGAAAGAACUCUCAAGUUUCACCAAAGACAUGCAGACACAUAGAAACACUCAGACAUUAAAGCUAAAGGCAGUCCAACAAAAUAUUACAGUAUGUGACUUUUUUUUUUUAUUUAUUUAUUUAUUUAUUUUUUUUGGCCAGGCAGUGUAUGAUAUGUCUGAAUAUUGAUAUAAAGAAAAUUUUUGUUCUUUCUCUGAGAUGAAUAAUUAAGAUGUAUCUUCUGUAUCACUUUUGGCUGUCUGAUCAUUGUUGCAAAUUUGUUAUUUAUUUAUCCUAAUUUUAUUCAAUCUUUUCAAUUGUUCUUUAUAUUUAUUCUGUCAUUUAUUUAUAGAAAGAGAUUUAUGGAACAUGCACAAUAUUAAAAAAAGAACAUACUCUUUAUUCUUUAUGUUGAUGACACAUUCUACACAUCAUUCUUUAUUCACAGGAUAUUGGUUUUAUUUUCAUAUUCGCUGUUACUGCAAUUUCAUGUUCAGUUACAGUUUUAUUUUGUAUUGAAAAUGAAUAUAUUUAUUUUAAAAGCUAUGGUAAAGCUGUGGUGUUAUCUGUGAAAGUGAUAAUUUAAGAAUAAAGUGACAAGAUAU